CUCGUGGGACAUUUCCACGCUUUGAAAGUUUAGAUUCAGUUUUUGUCUAUAUUUAAACAUGACUGCAUGACUUGGUUAUUCAUAAUUCAAGAUCAUGAAAUAUGAUCGGACGUUCUUCGUUUUCUUUGCCGUCUUCUCCUUCUUCUUCAGAUCCUCCAUAGCUGUUGACAGCUUAGCUCCAAAUCAGACUCUCUUGGAUAAUAAUACUACGCUUGUUUCUGCAAGCCAAACCUUUGAAUUAGGUUUCUUUAGUCCAUGGAAUUCCAACAGCCGAUACAUCGGAAUCUGGUUCAAGAAAGUCCCAGAACGAACUGUGGUGUGGGUGGCAAACAAUAACAAUCCAUUGACGGACUCUUCCGGGAUUCUCACAAUCACUCCUGAUGGAAACAUCAUUAUCACCAGCAACAGAAACCAAUCAAGUAUCAUUUGGACUGCAAAUAUAACAUCAAGAACAGUAAGUAAUCCAGUCUUGCAAAUCCUGGACAGUGGAAACCUUGUCCUGAAAAGUAGUACUGACAAUAAUCCGGAUAACUAUGUGUGGCAAAGCUUUGAUUAUCCCCGUGAUACACUAAUUCCAGGCAUGAAGCUGGGAUGGAACCUUAGAACAAAUGAAGAAUUGUACUUAACCUCAAGGAGAAGUUCACAGGAUCCAUCUACGGGUGACUAUACAUACAGAAUGGACCGUCGUGGGUUGCCUUCAAUAGUUCUUCGCCGAGGAUCGCAAGUUCAAUUCAGAAGCGGACCUUGGGAUGGUGUUCGAUUUGGUGGCCAACCUGUUCUGCGAAAAAAUUCAGUUUUUAAUCCAAUUGUUGUGUUCGAUUCAGACAAUUUGUAUUAUGCAUUUGAAAACGUUGAUGUUUCUAUCAUAUCAAGGUUUGUGAUGAACGAGUCAGGCCUCGUCCAGCACCUCACAUGGAGCCAGGACCACUGGAAUAACAUAGCCACAAUGCAAUCAGAUUCUUGUGAUAAUUAUGCAAGCUGUGGAAAUUUCGGGGUUUGUACCUUUUCUAAUUCACUAAGUUGUGAUUGCCUAUCUGGGUUUGUGCCCAGGCAGAGAGAGGCUUGGGCACAGUUUGAUCGAUCAGCUGGAUGCAUUAGGAGGACGCCGUUGAACUGUAGUACCAGUAGCGGAUUCAGAAAGUUUUCGGGACUAAAAUUGCCCGACCCUACGAAUUUUUCAGUGAAUAUAAGUGCAAUGAAUCUGUUCGAAUGCGAGGCUACUUGUUCGAGAAAUUGUUCGUGCGUGGCUUAUGCUAUGACACAAUUCAGUGGAUGUAUGGAAUGGUUUGGGGACUUGCUUGACAUCAGAAAGUAUUCUGAAGGUGGGCAGGACCUGUACGUUAGGAUGCCUGCUUCAGAACUCGAUUCGAGCAACAAAUCUAAGAGAACCGCCGUGCUAGCAUCAGUGGCCGGGAUUUCCUUCCUGGUUCUGCUGGGUGUAAUCAGUUGGUUUGCUUACCGUAAGAAGACUGCUAACCUUAGAAGAGCUUUGGCAGAUCAGGCCAAUCAGCAAUGUGAUAAUCCAAACCAAGAUAUCUAUGAUAAUGCAAACCAAGAUAUCAAUCAAAGCAUUGGAGAUGAAACUCUGGAGUUACCUUUAUUCAGUUUUGUCACAAUUUCAACUGCAACUAAUGAAUUUUCAUUUACAAAUAAAAUUGGGCAAGGUGGUUUUGGCCCAGUUUAUAAGGGUGUCCUCCCAACGGGAAAAGAAAUAGCAGUUAAAAGACUUUCCAAAGAUUCUGGACAAGGCCUUAAAGAGUUCAAGAAUGAAGUUAUCUUGAUCGUGAAACUACAGCAUAGGAAUCUAGUUAAGCUACUGGGUUGCUGCAUUCAUGGAGAAGAGAGAAUGUUAGUUUACGAAUACAUGCCCAACCAGAGUCUGGACUUGUUCAUUUUCAAUCAAACAAAAGAUACAACUCUAAGUUGGCAGAAGCGUUUUGACAUUAUAGCGGGAAUUGCCCGGGGGCUUCUCUACCUCCAUCGUGAUUCAAGGUUGAGAAUAAUUCAUAGGGAUCUGAAAGCAAGUAAUAUUCUUCUGGAUAAAGAUAUGAAUCCUAAAAUCUCAGACUUCGGCUUGGCAAGAACAUUUGGAGGGGAUCAAUAUGAAGAAAAUACAAAAAGAGUCAUGGGCACUUACGGAUACAUGGCUCCUGAAUAUGCUAUAGAUGGACUUUUUUCGAUUAAAUCCGAUGUGUUUAGCUUUGGAGUGCUCGUUUUGGAGAUAGUAAGUGGGAAGAAAAAUAGAGGAUUUCAUCAUCCUGAUCACGACCUCAACCUCUUGGGACAUGCUUGGAAUCUAUGGACGGAAGGAAAUCCUAUGGAUCUUUUGGAUGCCUCAUUAGUGAUUCUCAAUUCAGAAUCUGAAGUGUUAAGAUGUAUCCAUGUCGGCUUGCUGUGUGUACAACAACGCCCCGAAGAUAGGCCUACCAUGUCUAAUGUUUUAUUAAUGUUAGACAUCGAGCACCCAGUGGUUUCUCAACCUAAACAACCUGGUUUUUACUCUGAAAGAUCUCUUAUUGACAUGGCUACGUCUUCAUCAACAGGAAAUAAGCCUCCUACUUCUAAUGAAAUUACUGUAACAUUAUUACAAGGUCGAUAGAAGCCUUUUUCUCUAUAUGUGUGUAUAUAUUUUUCAUUUUGAUGGUAAAUUAAUCAAUAUUAAUACAAAAGAAAGUAUUGCUUUA